AUGUGGAAUUACAAGUCGUUUGUUAUGGUGGUUACGACCGCCCUUGUGUUUUCAUGUGUUGUGGAAGCUAGGAUUAGACGAAGUGAUCUGGGCGUGGACCUCGGCGGAGGCAAAGGUUUGGGUGUAAGUGUGGGAUUGGGUGUGGGUGUAGGUGUGGGCCUUGGUGGAAGUGGAAGCGGCUCUGGGUCUGGGUCUGGUUCCGCUUUGGGCUCGGGUUCUGGCUCUGGGGCUGGCUCCGGAGCUGGUUAUGGGGCUGGUUCAGGGGCCAGUUCUGGUGCCGGCUCAUAUGCAGGUUCAGGAGCAGGCAGCCAUGGCGGUGGUCAGGGUGGUGGCUACGGUGCAGGUUCUGGUAGUGGGCAUAGAGAAGGUGGUGGAAGUGGGUAUGGUUCAGGGUCUGGCUCUGGCAGUGGCUAUGGAAGUGGUUCCGCAAGUGGGUAUGGUGCAGGUUCUGGUAGUGGUAGUGGGCAUGGUGAAGGUGAUGGGAGUGGGUAUGGUUCAGGGUCUGGGUCUGGCAGUGGCUAUGGAAGUGGUUCGGGGAUUGGCUAUGGUGCAGGUUCUGGUAGUGGGUAUGGAGAAGGCAGGGGCAGUGGUAGUGGCUAUGGAAGUGGUUCGGGAAGUGGCUCAGGUUACGGGGCUGGGUCUGGUUCUGGUGUCGGCCAUGGUGGAGGAGGUUUGUGUUUGGAAGAUGUAAUUGUACAAUCAGAUUAUUAUUACAAUAUACUAGCAGCCGUAUGGGUUUUCUGUGCAGCGAGUAGCGGAUAG